AUGCCAGUCUAUACAGUCUCUAAUGUUCAAAAUUUAAGAAUAUGUGUUGUGAUGGUUGGAUUACCUGCGAGGGGGAAAUCUUUCAUAUCACAAAAAAUUGUUCGCUACUUAUCCUGGCUCUCCAUCAAAUCAAAGUCCUUUAAUGUGGGAAACUAUAGACGUCAGACCGGACCACCUCAACCAAAUGCUGAGUUCUUCGAUGCAAAAAAUAAAGAAGCGUAUAAGAUCCGCCAACAAGCCGUGACAAAGGCAGUCGAAGAUAUGAUGAACUGGUUUGUGGCAGAGCAAGGUGUUGUAGCAAUCUUAGAUGCCACCAAUUCGACGAGAGAGAGGAGAGAUUGGAUUUUGAGAUUAUGCAGAGAAAACGGAAUCGAGCCAAUGUUUCUGGAGAGUUGGUGUGAUGAUCAAGAAUUAGUUUUAAGGAAUAUUACCGACGUGAAGCAGACAUCCCCUGACUAUGUUGGCGUUGACCCUGAAGUUGCUAAGCGCGAUUUUCUAGAAAGAAUUGCGAAAUACGAGGAAGUCUAUGAACCUUUAGAUGAUAAUAUAGACCGUGACUUAACGUUUGUUAGAUUAAUAAACGUAGCACAGCAAGUUAUCAUCAACAAGAUAGAAACAUAUCUAGAAAGCCGGGUUGUUUUCUACGUCAUGAAUCUGCAUAUAAAACCACGUUGCAUUUGGCUUUCAAGGCAUGGUGAAUCUGUUUACAAUAUUGAGAAAAAGAUUGGUGGUGAUUCGUCACUAUCACCCCGAGGCCUUCAAUAUGCCAAGAAAUUACCUGACCUUGUUCGUCAGUCGGCAGGUGACGCCGACUUGACUGUAUGGACCUCGACUUUGAUCAGGACGCAGGAGACGGCCCAGUUUCUACCAUACAAGCAGCUACAGUGGAAAGCACUUGAUGAACUGGAUGCUGGUGUAUGUGAUGGGAUGACUUACGAGGAAAUCGAGGAAAAGUAUCCUGAAGAUUUCAAAGCACGUGAUGAAGAUAAGUACGAGUACCGUUAUCGGGGUGGGGAAUCCUACAGAGAUGUGGUGAUCAGGUUAGAACCUAUUAUUAUGGAGCUUGAGCGCCAGGAAAAUAUAUUGAUCAUUACACACCAAGCUGUUUUGAGAUGUAUUUAUGCUUAUUUUAUGAAUGUUCCCCAGGAAGAGUCACCAUGGAUGUCAAUUCCUCUUCACACCCUUAUAAGACUCGAACCUCGAGCAUACGGCACGAAAGUUACAAGAAUUAAAGCUGAUAUUCCUGCCGUUAGUACUUACAAAGAAAAGGGCACAAGUAGAGUUGGCGAGGCUCUCACGGAGGCCACGAAGUCUCGUCAUGUGUUGACUAAUCCUUCAAAUGACUGA